AUUGCUAUCAUUGUCUUUAAUUAGCUCAGUCGAAUUGGAGUGUGUUGGGCUCCUUUUCGUCUUCUCCCUCGAAAUCCAUUCCAGCUUGAGGUUCCCUAGGGCAUCUCUCCCUCGUCAAAUCUCAAUCCCCACUUGAUUCUUCACCUUCCGGUGUUUAGAUGAAGAGGCUAAUAACUGAAACCGGAUAAAGCAGACUAAAAUUUCCCAGGGCAUCAAGCAAAGGAUUUUGCUAUUUUCUUUUCUUUUCUUUCUUUGUUGAGAGAAGAAGGAUGUCGGGCAGUCGAAAUACCCAUUGGUGUCACAGAUGCCAGCGAGCUGUUCGGCUUCACGGCCGGGAGCCUGUCUGUUCCUAUUGCGGAGGAGGAUUUGUUGAAGAGCUUGAGGAUAUGGUGCCAUCAGCCAGCCCCUUGGGCAUGUUUAGACCAUACAGGGAAGUAGAGCGCGAUCCGACAUUUGAUCUCAUGGAUGCUUUCUCAGCCCUUAUGAGGAAUCGCUUAGCUGAAAGGAACUAUGACCGAGAAAUCAGAGGAAGGUUCCGCUCAGGUGGUGAAAACUUCCCAAGUCUUGCUCCUUUGUUGAUUUUCGGUGGCCAAGUCCCCUUAAGAUUGGCUGGAGGAGAUAAUUCACUCGAGGCCUUCUUCAACGGUUCACCUGGCAUUGGCAUCACACGUGGGAACACGGGCGAUUACUUUUUUGGGCCGGGUCUCGAAGAACUAUUUGAGCAGCUAUCGGUUGGCGCUCGUCGAGGGCCUCCACCUGCACCAAGAUCAGCAAUAGAUGCAAUGCCGACCGUCAAGAUUACACAAAGGCAUAUCCGGUCCGACCCCAACUGCCCUGUGUGCAAAGACGAGUUUGAGAUCGGAUCAGAAGCAAGGCAGAUGCCAUGCAACCAUAUCUAUCACCCGGACUGCAUUAUCCCAUGGCUGGUUCAGCAUAACUCAUGCCCGGUAUGUCGCCAAGAAUUGCCGCAGAGAGUACUGCCAUCGAGUACACAGAGCUCACAAAACAGAACCACGAGAAGGGAGAGUAGCAAUGGGCGAAGGAACCCUUUCUCGAACUUCUGGCCAUUCAGAUCUUCGGGCUCAAGCUCCGUCCACAACAGGGGAGAUGAAAGCAGCUCAUCGGCCGUGGAUGAGAGCCAUUACCAUCACCAACAGCAUCAAAAUCCGCAGGCGGGUUACUACAGUGGAUGGCCCUUCGAUUACUAAGGAGGUGAGCUUUUUGUUUUUAUAAAAAAGAAGCUUCCUUUGUUGCCAUAUAAACUCUGGUUUGCAUCAUGUUAUGGUUGGCUCUGCAUUAUCAAAUCUCAGAAAAAUGGUUAUGGGUCUGUCUUGAAAAGGCUUGUGAUUCCAAGGGUACAUUCUGUCAUGUCUCUCUUUCCUCUGCUUUUGUCUGCACAAAUAACGGGAAACUAAAAAAAAACUGUCCUUUGUUGUGUCCUCUAA